AUGUCUGAGGACCGCCCGGCAGACGACCAGGCCGAGGGCGUCGACGCCGCCGUCGGCCUGCCCUCGGACGCGCUGGCAGAAUUGACUACCAACAUCCUCGACGACUUGCUGAGCAACAUCGUCUUCACCACGGCCCUGUCGUGCCACCGCUCCGAGAAGCUGCUCCGCAUGCAGUCGGCGGCGACCCAGGCCGAAUCCAUCGCCCUCGCCAACCUCGAGCCCCAGUCGCAGAAGCAAAACACGACGGGCGCCACGUCGAUACCCAUCGCUGAGACAUCCGCCGCCAAGUACGAGAACGGACGCGUCUUCCUCAAGGGCAACCCGCUCAAGACGACGCCCGAGAUCAUAUGUCCGCACUGCAAGCUGCCCCGGCUGAUGCACCCCAUUAUGGGCAAAGGCAUGCAGAACCCGGACCUGACCAAGGAGUACUGCAUGCUGUAUCCGUGGGUCCAGCGAUCCGGCCACGACGUCUACGGCAACCCGUUCCCCACCGACAUGGCUAAGAGCAAGAAGGAACGCGAGCUCAUCAAGCAGCAGCAGAAGAACGCCGAAAAGGAGAGCGUGGGCACCCCCGGCUCCCAAGACACCGACAUGGCCGGCGGCGACACCAAGGAAAUCAAACUCAACACCGGCGGCAAGCCCGCCUCGUACAUCCCCUGGCACACCUGCCCCAACUGCAAGCGCAGCUUACUCAUAACACGAUUCGCCCAACACCUCGAAAAGUGCCUCGGCAUCAGCGGCCGCCAGUCCUCGCGCAACGCCAUGGCUAAACUCACCGGUCAAAACGGCACAGGCUCAGGCGUCGGCAACACGCCGCUCGGAAGCCGCAUGGGCACGCCUGCGCCUGGCUCCCAAGACCCCUCCGAGAAGACCAAAACAAGCAGUAAAUCAAAGGGCAUCUCGCCCGUCAAACGCCUCGCCGCCACCGACGACGCAGACGACUUCGACGCCGACGAUACCCCCGAGCGCCGCAAGAUGAAGAAGAAGAGCUCGUACAUUAAGAAAGCGGACCGCGAUAAACCGUCUAAUGGGAGCGGUGGUGGCAGUAACGGCACGUUGAAAGUCAAGUUAAAAACAGGAAGACCGGAUAUAGGUGAUCGGAAACAUAGUGAGAGUAGUGAAAGAGGGGAAGGCAAGCGUGACAGGGAUGUUGAUGACGUUGGUGGUGAUAGUCCUAAGAAGAAGAAGAUCAAGCUCAGUCUGGGUGGUGGCGGUGCGAAGGAGAGGAGUAGGGCCAGUGCGAGUGUGGAGCCGGGGGGUAGUGUGGCGAGUCCUGGAGAGUAG